AUGCAGCUUUUCGAAAAGGCAAUCGCAAAAGAGCUGCACGGCCUGAUGGCGGACGCCGUUAAGUACUACCGAGAGGCGUUCAGGCUCAAUGACCGCGUGGAUCUCAUAUAUCGCAAAAACACCGUGCCGCAGGCCCUCGAAAAGCUUCGAGGCGAACAGGGCAAAAACGCCAGCCGCAAAGUCGAUGAAGCGAAACUCAAGGCAAUAGAUGUGGACAGUCUCCUCGCAUCCUUUGCACACGAAAGCGCAUAUGCGCCUGACCCUGCGGACCCCCGACAUUGGGACGACGGUCACGUGGCUAUCAAGUUUGCCAGCAUGCAGCUAAAUGGAGAAGAUCGGGUGGUGGACGUCAAACCGGUUUCCCCGCUCGUAAACCUACCUGCGGAGGUCUGGGUAUACGUGUUGCAGAUUCUUCUACGGAAAGACCCAGAGGCCUGGUUCAAGUUUGGCGUCACAUGCAAGAAACAUGCUUAUCUUGCAUUUCACACCUCGGGCAUAUGGCGCCAGUUGUGCUACCUUAUAUAUCCCAAGCAAAACUACGAAGAAAACGUGGGGUUCAUGGGGAAAAGCCUUCCUGUCCCUGCGGACCCGAUGGCAGUGUUGCUGCAUCAUGGAAGCUCAUGGAAACAGAUGAUCCGCGAGCGGCCUUUCCUUAAGUUCCUAGGCUGUUAUAUCAGUGUGGUUAACUAUUAUAGUGAGGGAGGCCGUGAAGAGCUUUCACAAAGCAUGAGAAACCCCGUGCGCACAAUCACUUAUUAUAGAUACUUGCGCUUCUAUCCAAACGGAGCCUGUGUGAUGGCACUCACGCGUCUCGAGCCCAGCGUGGUGGUGGGCCAGUUUCUGAAAUCAAACAGCUUGCGGUGCUUGUUGACCAAUAUAGACUCACGUGAUGUGACCAAGGUCAACCCUUCCAAAGAGCCACACAAAAUCUUCCACGGCACAUGGACGCUUUCCACCGAAGGCAAAGUACACGUGACCGUGACCUCGGGCCUGGUGCCGUACUAUGAGUUCCACUACGAGUUUGUUGUCAAGAACUUGGGAGGAAUGCCAAACCAUGCUAAAUUGGCAUGGGUCACUUUUUACGCGGUAUGGAAAACCUAUCCGGGAAGUGAAGAGCGUGCAGGCGAAAAGGUUGAGUUCUCAUUGAAAAACGAGAAGGACUUCAAGUUUCUGCGAGUGAGGUCCUACCAGGAAGAUAACUAG